AUGAAGGUGGUUAUGAACUCACCUCUCAAACUUGUUGGUUUGAGCCAAGGGGCUGCAAGUGGCGUCCAGGCCAUAGUCAAUCUAGAGUUUCGAAAGGAACAUCGUGCUCUAUUGAAGUUAUUUGAGGAUUUGAAGACUAGUACCGAUAAGACAUCUGUCGAAGCAGAGCGUAGAUUGAAGGAGUGUCAGAAGCAAUUGGAAGAAAGCGAAAUUCGAUUUGAAAAACUUGAAAAUGAGUCCAAAGAGUUGAUGCAGAAGAACAGGCAGUGGGAGGAUGAAAUAAAGGAUUUGAAAGACAGGAUGAUGAAGUUUACUGAAUUCAUGGAAGCAGGUAUUCGCGCUGCAUGUGCCUCUUCUCCUCAGGAUCAUCUCCAUGAUACAGAUGCACAGCAGACUCAAUUAUCACCUGUCACUGCCUCGCCCACUCAUGAUCUGGAUGUCGCAGAACCACAACAUCCUGAAUCACUAUCUACCAUAACAUCUCACCGCACAGGUUCAGAUGUGCCAGGAGUCGCACAGAAUCUGUCGGCACCUAAUACCGAGCAGCUUGAGCCGGUUUCACAACCUGAUUUACGCUCCCCGCGAGGAGUCAAGACAACACUUGAGGAACACAAUCAUUGUUCCGGGAAUGGACGCAAAUCAAGUCAAUUAAUGCCAUCGCUGGCGCAUAGUGGCACGCCACUACGAAAAGCUGCCUCGCGUAAAGUUUGGCACAACAUAUCGCAAGCGCCGGAUCAAAAUGUCGAGAACUAUUUAGCUCAUGCAGAAAAAUAUGUCGGGGCUAUCAAACAACGAGCGGAUCAUUUCCAGUUCAUCGCGAGGUUCAUCAAAGGACUGCUGAAUGAGAAAGAUCGCGAAGCUGUGCUAAAGCAGUUGCAGAAGAAGUUCCAAUCUCGAAUCACCGAGGACGGGCUUGUUGAGGUUAAGUGUGGCUUUCUUAAUCUGAAGGAUGGAUUAGUGGCCGCUGGCUUGAUUGAAACCAAAGGUGGAAAAAGACAUUGUGAUGAUAACGGGAUGAAAGCCGAGGCGAAUACACCACGUCAAAAGAGAAGCAAGACUCUGGAAUCUCAAACGUCCGAGGAAAAUGAUGAUGAAUUGUAA